GUGAGGAGAAUAGGAGGUGGUGGAUUUGGUGAAAUUUACGAAGGACUAGACUUAAUGACCAGAGAGCAAGUGGCGUUGAAAGUUGAAUCGGCCCGUCAGUCGAAGCAGGUUCUUAAGAUGGAAGUAGCCGUGUUGAAGAAACUUCAGGGCCGAGAACACGUGUGCAGGUUUAUAGGUUGUGGCCGUAACGACAGAUUCAAUUACGUGGUGAUGCAGCUGCAAGGGAAGAAUUUAGCAGAAUUACGCCGCGCUCAGCCACGAGGUGCUUUCUCAUUGUCCACCACGCUGCGUUUGGGCCUUCAAAUUCUUAAAGCGAUCGAAAGCAUACAUCAAGUAGGCUUCCUCCACAGAGAUAUCAAACCUUCAAACUUUUCAAUGGGACGACUUCCGCAUACAUCCAAGUUGGUUUACAUGUUAGACUUUGGCCUGGCUCGGCAAUUUACAACGGGCACCGGUGAGGUUAGGCCACCUCGUAGCGCGGCAGGAUUCAGAGGAACCGUCCGGUACGCAUCGGUGAAUGCGCACAAGAACAAAGAGAUGGGCAGGCACGACGAUUUGUGGUCGUUGUUUUACAUGCUGAGUUUGGGAUACGCGGAUAAGCCGGAUUACGCGAUGCUGGCAGGUUUGUUCGAACGUUGCCUGAAACGCAGAGGAGUGAAAGCCACGGAUCCCUACGAUUGGGAGAGACCGUUCAUAUCGAACGAAAGCUUGCCAACCACCAGAUCUCUGCCUAGCAACUAUCAGGUUGCCAUGCCUCCUGUAUUGACCACAGCUACCACGAUCAAUCAAGCGCCAACCACGCCAAACGUCGAUACGAAUAAUCAGGAGAACGUCGAACCCGACAACAGAAAGGAAUUGGACGCACAAAUGGAUUACGACAGCAUAUGCCGAAGGAACAAACAACGCGGAGUGGAAGGAUCCUCGGUGCCGUUCACAUCAGCCAUCAGCAAUCACGGCCGAGACAAGAAUUGCAACGCCACGAUACCCACGGUGGUGGACAACACUCAUCAACAACAAACUGGUGGACAACAAGCUCAAGACUCGCCUAAAAAGAGGCGUGCAGUCUCGAUGGCAGCAGAACCGCAAACAGGCGUGGUAGAUAACGAAGGAGACGCUUUAAUGGCAUCCGCUCGUUCUGCUUCAGAAGUUCCUCGCAAUAAAAUCGGAGCUAAUGCCGCAGCCCCAUUAAGGAAGUCGGCGAGCGGCGCGACAUUCGCUCGAUUACGAGUGACCGGGUCAGGACCGGAAGCAACGCCUGGCGAACCUCCCAGCCCCCGCGUACAAACGGAAGUCGAUGCCUCUUAUUGUUCCUACGACGUUACCAAUCCCAAAUACGUUGGCAAUCAGAGUCCCGUUACGGAACAAAGAGAACCACUGAAAAGAGAGCCGCGAAGAAGGACGGAUGGACGCCAACAGACAAGAACCAACCGCGCUGCCAUGAGAGACUGUUCCAUUACUCAAUUCGCGCAGAUAGACGACGACAAUGUGUCGGCGUUGCAGCAAGUGACCAAAGGUGGUGGCGGUUUGACCCUCGCUUCUCAGUGGAAGUCGCAAUUCGACGAUUCCGAGGAGACCGACAACGAAUGGAAAGGAGAGAAUUUACAGAGCCCCGAGCACAAGGGGACCAACGUGCCGGUUAUCGUUGCACAGUCGACAGUUGGUAGCGAGGCUGUGACCGUCGCAACUUCAGUGCCUGCGUCCAUCGAUGCGAAAACGACAGUGGCUCAAUCGACAGUGGUUCAUUCGAUCGCACCUCAACACUCGAUCAUACCAACUGCCCUCUCGCGAAUAAGCGAAGAUUCCGCCAAGCCCGCCCCCGCUCCUCACAGAUGUUUGAACAUUGCUGGCAUCGAGAAAUAUCCAGAUCUUCAGGGCGCUCUUCCACGGGCUUGGAGCGUUCCCGCGUUAGCGCCGCACGUUCGCGCCUACCUCGAAGCACCAUUGGUUCAACAAGCUGCGUUCGACGAUCUGUUGUACGAGGUUGACGUCAUGAGAAACAUAGCAACGCGUUACGACGAACCGAGGCAGAGCCCUCCGCCGCGAAGGGCCAGUGUACCAGCGGUUGCUUUCUCACCACCCAACACGAUACCCAGCACACCUGGCGGCGAAGAGGAAGAGGAGGCUGUGGCAGGCAGACUAGAGAUCAGAGUAGUCGAUGCAACAGGUGGUGCUACAGUUGUACAAACCACCGCCGACAGAGAACCAUUGCAA